GAACUCAGCAAAGCGGCAGCCACUCCACUCUUGUCGGGGCUUGGAAAGGUGAGCUGAGGGGGCCAUGUGACGCUCCUGCCGGACCCCUGGACACACGCAGGGCCCAGAGGCUACAGCCUUGCAGCAUGGCAAGUUCCGAGCACCCUGGCUGGAGGGGGCAUCACACAACCCAGUGCACGGCAAGGACCCAGCAGGAAGCAUCAGCUGCUGGCCCAGAUCUCCCAUGCCCAGGACCCAAAGAACACUCAGAUGCCCACAGCAGCCCGAGCCCCAACUCCAGCAUGACCACACGGGAGCUGCAGGAGUACUGGCGGAACGAAAAAUGCCACUGGAAGCACGUCAAACUGCUCUUUGAGAUUGCAUCGGCCCGCAUCGAGGAGAGGAAAACCUCCAAGUUUGUGAUGUACCAAAUCGUCGUCAUCCAGACAGGGAGCUUUGACAGCAACAAAGCCGUGCUGGAACGGCGCUAUUCAGACUUCGAGAAGCUGCAGAAAAGCCUCCUAAAGACUUUCCGGGAAGAGAUCGAGGACAUCGUCUUCCCCAAGAAGCACCUGACGGGGAACUUCACGGAGGAGAUGAUCUGCGAGCGCAAGCUGGCCUUCAAGGAGUACCUGAGCCUGCUCUACGCCGUCCGCUGCGUGCGCCGCUCGCGCGAGUUCGUCGACUUCCUCACGCGGCCCGAGCUGCGGGAGGCCUUCGGCUGCCUGCGGGCCGGGCAGUACGCCAAGGCCCUGGACGGGCUGGUGCGCGUGGUGCCCCUGCAGGAGAAGCUGACGGGCCACUGCCCCGUGGCGCUGGUGCCGGCGCUGUGCGCCAUGCUGGUGUGCCACCGCGACCUCGAGCGGCCCCUGGAGGCCUUCGCGGCCGGGGAGCGCGCCCUGCAGCGCCUGCAGGCCCGGGAGGGCCACCGCUACUACGCGCCCCUGCUGGACGCCAUGGUCCGCCUGGCCUACGCGCUGGGCAAGGACUUCGUGUCGCUGCAGGAGAGACUGGAGGAGAGCCGGCUCCGGAAGCCCGCCGCCCGGGGCUUCACCCUGAAGGAGCUCACCGUCCGCGAGUAUCUGUACUGAAGCGCAGCGCGGCUGGAGGAUCGCCCUGCUCCGGGGGCCAUUUGGGGUUCAUGUUUAGUGGGAAGAGCCUUUGGGGGCUCUCACUUGUUGGGUGACUCUGGGCAAGCCAAUUCUCUGCUCCUCCAUUUCCCCAUCUGUACUGAGGACUGGUGCUGCCCGGCCUCCUUGGGGGCCUCUGCUUGCGCGCCGUGAAACACUGGAGAGCUAUACUGAUGUUUUUGUAGGAAGCCGGGGGGAGAGGUUUACAUUGCACAUCAUAGGCAAAACUUGAUCUGUUUUCUCUUGGACACCCUCUCCAGCUGUGCCGUGGCUUUCCUCUCCUCCUGCCACCUGGACAUUGCCUGCAAAUAGCCUCACCCCUUAUCCUGAGCAUUGAACUCUUCCCAACUCAGCGUAAAAAAGCUCACCCAUCCUCGAGGACAGCCUCCCUCCACCCCUCGGGGCAGGGGUUUUGCAUCAUCCUUUGAAGGGUAGGAAGACCCUGAGCUAGCAAGCAAUAAUGUCAUAAGAUUCUCUGAUACUUUUGUUGCCAACAAUUUGGCAACAAUUUAGUUGCCAACAAUUUCCCUAGUUAGGAUAAUAUAACACAUUGUCUAGAGGUAGAUUUUCAUUUAUACGAACUGUCCCAUGAAUGGCCUUGCUGGGUUAUGUAGACAUAGCCCUGGGGAGAGAUGGAACAGAGGUCUCUGGGGAGUAAGAGAUAGAAUUCACCACCUUCCCUUUUGAGGGUCAAUGUUGGUAGAACCUCGUCAAAGGAUUAAAGGGCCCUUCUGUGAGGUCUGGUGUCAGGAAAGGACACCAAGGGCCACAGAGUGAAGGGAGUCUUGUCCAGUGACCUGGAUUCAACAUCAGACCUGGAGCUGACAGAAUGGGCUACUUUGGGUUCAAUAUGUAUCUGAAUCUGGAAGCCACUGCAGACCCAGAUCAUGUGGCCAAGCUUUUAGGGUGAACUGAAGAGGCUGUAAUUUGGGGACCUUAAUGGUAGCCCCACUUUAGCCUGUGCAUGGAUCCGGCUCAGCAAGCGGACACCAUAGCAGUGGACAAACAUUCACUAAACUGUGCCAGAAUGUGGUCCACAGUGGCACUUGCCAACGAGUGUAGGGCCCCAGGCAGCUGUGUCCUGGAGUUUAGAAACAGGACAGCAGUUUAGAAAUCUUUGGACAGAGAGAGCCCUCAAGUAUCCCCAUUUACUCUGGGACAAGGACACUCCGAGUGAGAGAUUUGAACUUCUUGAAAAGUUGGACAUAUGGAAAAUUAAAAUGUUAAAUGGAAAAAUAAAAGAGCUGUGACUGUA